AGAGGACCAUGGACUUCUACACAGUGUACAAAUACAUCUGUCAGUUUUGCCUCAGUGUGCAGAUUGUUUGGGGUUUAGAUGAAGUGAGGCUCCUGAAUCCUCCAGAGGAAGCUCUGCCAGACCACCUUUUGGAAAUACUCUUCUCUUGUGAUGAACCGGCCACAGUGCAGCUGGACUGUAUUAUAUCUUUUGAAACCGGCACAGUAUCCACACUCCUGCUAAGACAGUGGAGCUGUGUCCCCGGUGACCCUGAAAUAAGAACUCUGAAGCUGAGACUGCCGGAUUGGUUGGUGUAUCAAGCCGACGGGAUUGUUCCAGAGUCUCACCGGGUGCUCAGUUGUAUCCUUCGCGCCUCGGUCAGACACAGAGGAUCCUAUGAUACUGAGGGGUCUGCCGCAGCUCAGGAUGUGGCAACUGUGCAGCCUAAGCCCGACUUUAGUCGACCUGUCAAACAGCAUCAGCUCUGUACUGCCUGGAGCACACAAAUGCUGCAAUUAACCCAACAGUUUUUAAAGAAACAGUGCCCUUUGGAAGAAGAAACAGUACAUUUGCUGUCUUCAAUUUACGCUUCAACUGGAGAAAGUUUUGGCAUCAUAAAGACGCUGGACCCCUACAGGAGUGAGGUUCUGGAGAUGUUGCGGGUUAAGGCCACCUCUUUUCCAUGGUGUAUGUUUUCCAUCUGGAUAUUUGUGACCAGACACUGUCAGAAUAUCAUGUGUGGCGUGCUUCACCAUAUAGACUCCCACAACAACUAUGCCUCACCAACAGUGCUCCUCACAGAUUCAGGCCAACUACACAUCCAGAUGAAUGGAGGGUCUGGGGAGUCCUCUGCGUUUACAACUCUGUUUAAAGUGCCUUUAAGCGAGUGGUGCCGACUCAGUGUGGUGUUGCACGGCAGUACGGUGAGCAUGUCCAUGGUGUGCACUGGUCAGGAGCAGAGAGAAGUCAAACUUACAGAACAUACGUUGAGUCACUCUGUUGUGUUAGACGACACAGAGGGAUACUUCGUGAUUGGUGGAGGGAAAUAUAUUCAAGGUGUGGAGGGUUAUUUUGGACCGGUGGUGUACUACCGCAACAGGAUAUCACCUCACAGCCUGCCUGAAGCUGAUGUUCCAGAUGUGAUUAAGAAAGUCAACCUGACCGGAUGGCUGCAGACCUGUCAGGAGUUUCGUCUUGAGAUGGAUGUGAAGCUCAGCGGUUAUUCACUCAAGGCCAAACAGAGCACAGAGGCUGAAACUUGUUUUGAUGCUUUCCAUAAGUGGAUGAUGAAAAAAAGACUGCCUUCAGAUCCCCAGUGUGAGCUGUGGGAGGCAGCUGCCCCUCACAGAAGAGCUGCUGCUAAACUGGCCAAGUUACUGGCUUUCAAAUCUGGAGGGAGAACAGUCAGCCUGCCAGCAGUGGGCCGAGCGCUGUACUCCUUAUCACUUCUUAAGCUGGUCAGAGGGAGCAGCACUGGACUGGUCAGCAGAAUAUUCCCAUUGCUGCUCCAGGCCGGCUGCCUGGCUGAUAACCGAGCUCUGCACAUGUCCUCUGUGCUCUACAGCACUGGACUGGGAGUCCAGAAACAGCCCAUUAAGGCUUGGCUCCUGGCCCUGCUGGCUGCCCAGAAAGAUGAUCGAUUAGCGCUUCUGCAUCUCGGGCACCUGCACCACCUCGGACUACGUGGUCUCCCUGCAGACCCAGAUCUGGCCUACGCCUACUACGCAAACAUUGCUAAACAGACAACUGUAGACCGUCACAACCCCACUCCACAGCAGACAUUUGUCGAGGCUGUUUACUUGAACAAUGACGAGGUUCUGAAUCUCCAGACCAGUGAAGGUCACCAUAUCUUCCAGUGGCUCAAACUGCAGGCGCGCAGGGGAACAGCUGAGGCGGAGCAAGCUAUUGCCCGCAUGCUGUUCUGGGGUCAGCAGGGAGUUUCCCCAAACAUCCAGGAGGCUGUGAGACACUACAGACGGGGAGCUGUCCACUUGGAGGACCCAGUGUCAAUGUAUGACUAUGGGAUUAUACUUCUGCAGGGGCAGGGGGUUGAAAAAGACAUUCCGAAAGCCAUCACAUUCCUGAGGAAAGCAAUGGACCAGGGUUUUGUUCCUGCAAUAAACGCCCUGGCCUGGUACUAUGAGCAGUUCCAGCAGGACUACAAGCAGGCGGUGCAGCUGUGGGAGCAGGCCGACCUCCUCGAGUGUCCGGAGGCUGCUUUUAAUCUCGGUGUCAUGUACUCGCAGGGUCUGUAUCCAGGAAAAGCUGCCAAUCAGUAUGUGGCCUAUAAGUACUAUCUGAAGUCUGCACAGAGAGGACACAUCAGGGGAGCAACUUUCCUUGCUGACAUCUGGAGCACUGGCAUGCCAGGCCUUGUCAACAGACGUCCAUCAGAUGCUGUUUUAUGGGUAAAGUGGGCAGCUGAGCACAACGGGUACUUGGGCAGCAUCUUACGAAAAGCCUUGGAUUCCUAUCUCAAGGAUGACAUGUUUAAUUCACUGUUAUAUUACAUGAUGGCUUCCGAAUCGGGGUACGCAGCUGCACAGUUUAAUGUGGCAUAUCUGUGCGAACAAAACACAGGAAGUUUUCUGGAUCCUGUUUAUGCAUCAGACUGUAUGUGGAGAUAUUAUAACCUCACAAUUCAAAGUCAAGAUCCUGACACUUACGCCUUUAUUAGGAUGGGUGACCUGUUGUAUGACGGGCGUGAUGACAGGCAGAAAGACCUGCUUUCUGCAGCACGGAUGUACACGCUGGCAGCGCUGAGGAAGAAUCCACAGGGAUGGUACAACCUCGGCCUGUUAGCUGAAGAGGGUUACAGGCUGCCACUGUCUAUACUAACCGACCUUGGCCUCCCAGAGUUGUAUCUAGCAGACAACAAUUUGCUCCGAAGUGCUUUGUACAAAAGGUGCAGGGACUCAGAAGAUUCAGAUUCAUACUUACCUUGCAGUCUUGCCCUCUUCAAUGUAUAUCUACAAUCAUUCCAAAAGGACUAUAGUGCUGCUAUCAAGUUCUCUACUGCUGUUGCUGUGGUUGCAGCUCCAACUCUGCUCUUUGUCGUCCUUGGUUUUCUCAGAAGACGCGUCUUGUCUCUCAACUAGAACCGACUGUCAACAUAACGAACCGAUGGACUAAACAGCAAAGUCAACCUUCACUGCAGCAGCACAACAAUAUUUGUAAAGAACAAUCGUGACUGUUAUAAAAUUGAAUGAUAUAAAUUACAUUAGUUCCUGUACAUGACUGUUUUGAUAUGUAAGUGUGAUAUGUAAGUUAAAAUAAUGACUUUUCAUUAAAAAAGGACUUGACUAAACAAUAAAGAGUCUGAGUAAGUA